AUGGAGGAGGUUAAUGAUAAAACUAAAUCAUCUACAUUUAUUGAAGCUAAAAGAUUCUUUAAAAAUGCUGAAAAACUAAUGGAAACACCAUUAUACUGGACACAUUCAAAAUUUAAUGAUAAACAUGAAAUUGAUGAUAGAAAUGUUCAAAUAAAAGACACAUCUUCAGAAUUUUCUAUUAAAAUGGAUGUUUCAAAAUUUUCACCAAAUAAAUUAAAUGUUGACAUUCGGGGUAGAUGUCUUAUUGUAAAAGGAAAAUGUCAAGAAAAGGAUAAAAAUUCAAUAACAGUAAAAAAAACUUUUAUUCGUAGUUAUUCGCUACCUCAUAAUGUGAAAGUAGAAGAAAUUUCAAGUGAACUUUCUGAUGAAGGUGUCUUAACAAUACAUCAAAAAAAAAAUUGUGUUGAUAAUGAUAAUAUAAAAAUAAUUCCAAUAACAUUUUAA